UCUGUGCCUGCAGCUGCAGAGACUAAUCCGAUCGUGCGCUGUCAUGUGAUAUGACAACAACAACGUAAUUUUUUUAUAAGUUUGUGAAUUAAAUAUAUUCUCAUUGAAGCCGAUAAUCGAUAUAAACAAGAUGGACGGUGCAGCGUCAGGGUCACCGCCUCCAGUUUAUCAUGAAAUUUCACCAGUAAUGUUAUGGAUGCGGAGGAUAUUUUCAGCUGUCACGAUUAUCAUGGUGGCGCUUGCCAUGUUAUUCUGUCUGAUACAAGGGAAAACAGACAGCACCUUUUAUCUUCUCUUUGUGAAUCUUGUCAUCAGCUGUGUAAUCAUAUCCUUUCUGCUUUGGUGGUACAGAACUGGAGAUUUGAGUGCGAAUAGAUUCUGGUUCAUCAUCCUCGUCGCGAGUGUCAUCAUCUUCCAGUGCAUCACGACCGACAUCUUCGUCUUCAACCACGAGAAGACCAUCGUCCCCGUCACCACCACCGCCCAGCCGACGACCUACACGAUAGGCCCGACCAACAUGACCACACACCAUACCACUCCCAAAGCCCCCUACCAGAAUAAAAUGGAUGGUAUGUUUAUACAAGGAGCAGCUCCUCCCUAGGGGUAAUGAAUGCCCCCCUCCUCUUCCCUACCCGGUCCCCUACUUCCACCACCAUGAAGCCUUGUUCAUGCUGGUGCACUUUUUAAUUGAUAUGAUUUUGAUUUAAUUGAUAUUUUCUAUCAUGCAUUGAUAGAAUAAGCAAUCCUUUGUUGGUUUUGAAACUUUCACUUUUUUCAUUGGUGAAAUUCGAGAUAAUUGAAUUUCAUUUUUGCUAUCCAUAAUGCAGUUUGGCAGUCGGUUUU